ACAAAAUUUUGUAUUCGUUGGUGUGACGGAUUCUGCCGAAGUAGUGCUAAAAUUAAACGAACUCCCGAAUGUAUCUUCGCUUCACUUACAGGUAUAGAUAGUGUUGCCCUUGUUCUGCCGCAGCUUAUACAUAGUUAUCAAACGAAACUUUACUACGAGUUCAGUAUUUUACAGAUGUGCUUUCCACAUUAAAUCGGGUCAUUAUGUGUGUAUGGUAAGUCGGAGUGUCCCCUUACUAACUGCAAGAUGUUGCAUUCCUAUUUACCAAAUUUUAAUAACAGAACCACAACCGAUAUCUAAAAAUAUUUAGUAGCAAAAGGUGGUUACUAAUACCGUUAAUGGUGAUAAAAGUUCUAAUCGACGCCUGUAUUAGUAAGAAGGAAAUCCCCAAGUACCCAAAAGACAUGGUCAUUGUAAUAAUAUGAACUUUAAUCAUUCACAAGAUAUCCCCACGACUGUCGGACAAAGUCCUGGCUAUGAUCCAAAAACAUCCAAGAGAAGUAGCGGUUUGUUUUCAUUCUUCAAAUGGUUUAAAUCUUCACCUUCCCGCGAGUCUAGCGUUCCAGACCUGCUUAGCUCGUCAUCGAGUAGUUGUGACAGCAUCAAUUCCAGAAUAAGUACUGGAACGGCAGCCUCCUUUUCGUUCGUCCCUCCCAAAUCAUAUCAAUCAAAUAUAUUGGAAAAGAAGUCUAUCGCUCUUGGUCCCGAAACGGACACAUACAAAGCUAGGCUCAAGGAGAGAGAUAAGAGACGGGAACGCGAUAAAAAUUUAACAUUGCGAAAAAAGUAUAAUUUGUUCUUUAAUCGAGAAACAUUGUUAAAGCCGAAAGUCGAAGAGGAAGAAGAUAGCAGCAGAAGCUUGCCUCUGAUGACUCGAAAAAAGAUGUUGGAAAAUAGUGAUGACGAAACGUCACGCUUACAUCGCAGAACAAACAGUGAAUCUUCGAAAUUAAAAAAAGCUGGAGCUUAUUGCCAUGUGAAAGGUAAAAGAAAAGCACCGCAACCACCGACCAACAAUAAAACACGAGAUUCUACACUGAGUCUCAGACGGAAAAAGAAAUUAGCUCCGCAGCCUCCAACAGUGUCUUCUGGAAAAAUAAUAAGUGCCUUAGAACGACUUGAUACAAUAGAAUAUGCUGAUGCAAAUGUUAUUUCUAAUGAUUCUCUUAAACUAGAUCAUGGUGUUUUGAAACCAGUGACGGAGCAUACAAGUGCAGCAUCAAUUUAUUCUACUGAUAGCGCCUCUUCUGUGAAGUCAGAAAAACCCAUGGAAAUAUCACCAGUUUCACCUCGUCCAUGGUAUAAAAGAAACGUUAACAGAGAAAGUACAUUCGUACCCAAGAAAGAACCGUUCAAAAUUGAUAACAAAUACGAACCAAUUCAACGGGUACCAGAAUCUGUCAACGUUUCAAAUAAUAUUGAAGAAAAUAAAUCACUAAAAAAUGAUGAGAUCACAAGAUCGAUAAAAAUAUUCGGUACUAAUCAAAGCAGUAAAGACGACUUUAAAAGAAAGUCUGGAAUGACGUUUCUCACGAACAUUAGUGAAUUAGAUCGUGAAGCGACCGAAAUGAUAAAAAAAGAACAAUGUCAGUCAGGCGAACUGGACCCUCCACCGUUUAUGAGGCCCAAACAGGAAGAAGCAAAGAAUACCGACAGCUGGGUGUCGCCGAAAAGAAAAUCCGCCAAAGAUCUGAUAGCCAAAUUCAAUGCUAUUACAAAUGUCACUAAAGUGACUGUGAAUAGUACGUUCUUUGGAUCCAAAGAACCUGGAGGAGCUCAAAAAGAUAAUUUCAAACGCGAUUACUUCGGACGGCAGCUUAGCGUGAAAGACGAACUUUUACACCAAAAUAAAAACAAUAAAAAAUUAAGUGAUAAGUAUUUUGGAAAAAUCGACCAAGAUGAAAAGAAAUUAAUUGAAAAUAACAAGACAGGCAUUCCUCUAAUGAAAUCAGAAAGUGCAGUUAUAAUCACAACUAACAAAUCAGAUAAGAAAGAAACGCCGAAAACUGAACACAAAAGUUGGAAUUGUCCGAAAUGUUCGAUUGAAAACGAUUACUGGAGAAUAAUAUGUCACGUGUGUUCUACUAUAAAACCAUACUUUGAUGAUCUGAGUAUACCUUCGCCUAAAAAUAACUCACUCGAAAAGAAUAAAAUAGAAAAUUUAGAAGUGAGGCAUUUUCCGGCCAGCGGCAGUACAUAUAAUUCUAAAUAUACGCCAUUUAAAUCCGGUAACGACACUCCACACUUCGAGCGGUCGAAAACACAAAUAGGGUUUUCAGCCUUGAGUAAAAUAAAUCAUAAUAAAAAUAAAGAGAAUAAAUUUUCUAAGUCUGUAUCUGUCGACGAACAGGGCGCAGCGAACACUGCGGAGGACAACAAGAGAGAAGAGCGAGAGAGACUGAAAAAGGUACUUAUAGAAAUGAAGAAUUCGUUACCUAAGAAAAAGAAUAAUGUCGGAAAACAGAAUUUUCGCUCGAGCAUUAUUCAGGAAAAGGCAGAAAAUUUAUACGAAGAUCCCAAAAAGACAGACAAUAAAGAAUUAAAUUUACAGCCUCACGAAAAUAGUUCAAUUUCUACGAAACUACCAGUUAAAGUUGAAGACAAAAAAGUUACCUCAACACCAUCCGCUGCAGAGGCAAAAAUAUUAAAAAACGAUUUAGCACUUAGCGCGAAUUCAAAUUCAAAUAUUAUCGCAAAAGUAACGGAAGAUAAUGCAUUACCACAAGAAAAGUCAGCUGGAAUAAGAAUAAAGCUUGAAACUAAAGAAAAUACUCCGAUCAAAAUUCAUGAACUUACGCAAAAGCAGUCCGUUGUACAAACCGAUAAAAAGGAUCAGUUAGUUCUCAACGAAGCUAAAAAACAAAAUUUGUCUAAUGAUAACAGGGCGCUUAAUAAAACAACACAAGAAACGGAACCCCUAAAGGAGAAAGUCGCUGAAGCUUUUAUAAAAACAACCGAAACAAUUUAUGAAAAUAUAAAAGUUAGAAAGGCAGACAAUCUAAAACCAACUAAAGUUUCGUCGGCGGUGCAGACGAACGCGGUACUUCGUAAAUUUUCUCCUGAAAAUACGUUAGAUGCGGCUAAAGAUGUGAAAAAGAAUCCAACAUACGAGUUGUUGCGGCCCAACGAUUUUGCAAAUAUCUACAAUGAGAAGAUGGACAGCAGAGACGAAAAUCACAUUUAUGCGAAUCUUAUACAAAACGGGAGCCUAUUUUUAAACAUGCCAGUGAACUUUGAAGACAUCAGAAAUAACGUAGCUAAUAAUACGGACACACUAGAAAUUGGAAGAUUGCUCAAACGACUGGAAUUAGCAAUCGCUAAAGGAGAAUUGGGAGAGGCUGCAAAUUACGCACGAGAACUUGCCCAACUUAAGGUUAAUUGUUCGGUCAUAAGGCAAAAGUCCGAAGAAGAGAAGGCUACUGCCAGGGCGGAAGAUAAGGGUUUUACGAUUCACAUGUACGUGGAGGACAAAAUUUCGCACAGAGGACCUUUCCCCAUUAAAGUGAAGGGAAGUACAAAAGUAAGUCAACUAAAAUUGCGAGUGGAACGCGAUUUUGAAAUACCAAUCAAUGUGCAAAAAUGGAUAAUUGGAAAACAAUUGGCCUCCGACGAUAAUGCUACAAUGAAUGAACUAAAUAUUUAUGACGAAGGUUCUCCACUGUUUCUCUAUUUGGUUGCGCCCCAAAAAAAUGGUAAGUAGUAAAAUAAUUCAGAACAGUUUUUACUAAACUGAAAAUAA